CCAGUGGACCAAUGGGGUACCCCACGUUUGUCUCUUAAGUAGGUCCCACUUCACUCCUUCAAAAUCUCUUGUCCAAUUCUGAAACAGACCAAAACUGAAUCACAAAAAUUUCCCUCUUCUCUUCUAAAAUGCUACUGUUCCUUUCCCUCCUCUUUCUUUCCUUUCCCUUCCUUUCUCUCCCCCUAAACCAAGAAGGCCUUUAUCUCCAACGAGUCAAACUCGGUCUCUCCGAUCCUACUCACUCACUCUCUAACUGGAACGAGCGAGACGACACUCCAUGCAAUUGGUUCGGCAUCUCUUGCGACCGCGUAACUCACCGAGUCCACUCUGUCGACCUUUCCAACUCAUUACUUUCCGGUCCCUUCCCUACCUUCCUUUGCCGCCUUCCUUCUCUCACUUACAUUUCUUUCUACAAUAAUGCCAUCAACGCUUCUCUGCCCGAUGAUAUCUCCACGUGUCAGAAUCUAGAGUACUUGGACUUAGGCCAGAAUCUUUUAGUGGGGUUCAUUCCCGAAUCUCUGGCUCAGCUGUCGAAUCUCCGGUACCUCAGUUUGGCGGGAAAUAAUUUGACCGGUGAGAUUCCCGUGAAAUUUGGAGAGUUCCGGCGGCUUCAGACGUUGAUACUCGCCGGAAAUUUGCUCAACGGGACAAUACCCACUCAGCUUAGUAACAUUUCCACUCUUGAGAAUCUCAAAGUCGCUUAUAACCCGUUUACGCCGAGUCCAAUACCGAUUCAACUCGCCAACUUAACGAAUCUUAAAGAGCUUUGGCUUGCCGACUGUAAGCUUAUUGGUCCCAUUCCAGCAGUUCUGAGCCGGUUAACUCGGUUGGAGAACUUGGAUUUGUCUCAAAACAGACUUAGUGGGUCAAUUCCGAGCUCACUCACCGAGUUCCAGAGUAUAAUCCAAAUUGAGCUGUUCAACAACUCUUUAUCAGGCACGCUGCCGACAGGAUUUUCGAACUUGACGACACUUAGAAGACUGGACGCAUCCAUGAACGCUUUAACUGGAAUGAUUCCAGAUGAGUUGUGCGAGUUGGAGCUCGAGUCUCUGAAUUUGUACGAGAACAGACUCGAAGGCACUUUACCAGAGAGUAUAGCCAAGUCUCCCAACUUAUACGAGCUCAAAUUGUUCAAUAACAAGCUCACAGGACAAUUACCAAGUCAACUCGGACAGAACUCGCCGUUGAAAGCACUAGACGUGUCAUACAAUGAAUUUUCCGGUAAAAUACCGGAGAAUUUGUGUGCAAAGGGGGAAUUAGAGGACUUAAUUUUGAUAUACAAUUCAUUUUCUGGGAAAAUUCCUGAAAGUCUAGGAAAAUGUCUCAGUUUAGGCCGUGCUCGGUUAAGGAACAACAAACUUUCCGGGGAGGUUCCAGAAGAGUUUUGGGGGCUUCCACGUGUGUAUUUGGUCGAACUAGUAGGGAAUUCAUUAUCUGGGAAAAUCUCACGGAAAAUAUCUUCUGCGUAUAAUCUCUCUGUUUUGCUGAUUUCAGAAAACAGGUUUUCUGGGCAAUUGCCUAUUGAAAUUGGUUUUCUAGGAAAUUUGGUUGAAUUUUCCGCAAGCAACAAUAUGUUCACUGGUUCAAUUCCAUCAAGUUUUGUUAAUUUAAGUUUGUUAAAUAGGUUAGUUCUCAAUGGAAAUGAAUUAUCCGGUGGAUUCCCUCCAGGAAUUGAAGGUUGGAAGAGUUUAAAUGAGCUUAAUUUAGCAAAUAAUAAGCUAUCCGGUAUAAUCCCAAAUGAAAUUGGGGAUUUGCCAGUGCUUAAUUACCUUGAUCUUUCUGGGAAUUACUUUUCUGGGAAAGUCCCGUUAGAAUUGCAGAAACUGAAGCUCAAUUUGUUCAAUUUGUCAAAUAAUAGGCUUUCUGGAGAACUCCCACCUUUGUUUGCAAAGAAAAUUUAUAGAAACAGCUUUAUUGAUAAUCCAGGUUUAUGUGGUGAUUUAGAAGGUCUUUGUCCUCAAACAAGCGAGUCAAAGAAGAAACUAAGCUACCUAUGGAUGCUUUGGUCCAUUUUUAUACUUGCUGGUUUAGUCUUUGUUGUUGGAAUUGCUUUGUUUUUCUACAAGUACCGGAAUUUCAAGAAAUCCAAGAAAGGAAUCAUAACAAUAUCGAAAUGGAGAUCAUUCCAUAAACUUGGUUUUAGCGAAUGUGAGAUUGCAAAUUGCCUCAAUGAAGAUAAUGUGAUUGGAAGUGGAGCUUCUGGUAAAGUCUAUAAGGUUGUUCUCAGUAAUGGCGAAACAGUAGCUGUAAAGAAACUAAGUGGAGGGAGCAAGAAAGAUGAUGCUAUUGCUACUGCAAAUUCUGAUAAAGAUGAAUUCGAAGUAGAGGUCGAAACUUUGGGAAAGAUUAGACACAAGAAUAUUGUUAGAUUAUGGUGUUGUUGUAAUAAUGGGGAUUGCAAGCUUCUUGUUUAUGAGUAUAUGCCUAAUGGAAGCUUAGGUGAUUUGUUGCAUAGUAGCAAGAGUGGCUUGUUGGAUUGGCCGACAAGGUAUAAAAUAGCUUUAGAUGCAGCAGAAGGUUUAUCUUACUUGCAUCAUGAUUGUGUUCCUCCAAUUGUUCAUCGAGAUGUGAAAUCGAACAACAUAUUGUUAGAUGGAGAGUUUGGUGCUCGAGUUGCAGAUUUCGGUGUUGCUAAAGUUGUUCAAGGAGUUCAUAAGGGGACAGAAUCCAUGUCUGUAAUUGCUGGUUCUUAUGGCUAUAUUGCUCCAGAAUAUGCAUAUACUCUCAGAGUGAACGAGAAGAGUGACAUCUACAGUUUCGGAGUAGUCCUGUUAGAGUUGGUAACAGGCAAACGGCCUAUAGAUCCAGAGUUCGGGGAGAAAGAUUUGGUUAAAUGGGUUUAUGCCACCUUAGACCAAAAAGGAGUGGAUCAUAUAAUUGAUUCCAAGCUUGAUUUUUGUUUCAAGAAUGAAAUUUGCAGGGUUCUUGAUGUUGGUCUCCGGUGCACAAACUCACUUCCCAUUAGUCGUCCAUCGAUGCGAAGGGUAGUGAAAAUGCUGCAAGAGUCCGGUGUAGGAAACAAACCAAAAUCCAAUAAGAAGGAUGGGAAGCUAUCUCCAUAUUACAAUGAAGAAGCUAGUGAUGAAGUGUAGUUAAAGAGUUUAGUUGAGAGUAGUAAAGAGAGUUGAUAGAGAAUUUUUAUUAUGUCUUAGUGUUUGAUUUCAUAGGGCAAAGGGAAUAUGAUUGGUACAAUGACAUUAAAUAGACAGAUAGCUAGGUCUCCCACAUCCCUCUCUUUGAAAAGUAUAAAGACUAUAUAUUAGGACAUGAAAGAAUCGUUAAUCGCCUUCCUCUUCAGUUAGGUAAUUGUGACAUGCAAAUAUAAGACUUGUCUAGAAAAUGAAUCACAUAUAUUAUUUCCAUUUAGCAAUAGCUAUUAUACAAAUUGUAUCCAAUUGUCUCA